AUGAAGAAGAUAACAGUCUAUGUUGAAAGCGGAGGGAUUACCCUGGAUUUACAGGAUCCACUGAUCCUUACCCACGGAUCCGAACUUUAUGUGAAGACUGCCGCUGUGUUUUGGAAUUAUUGGAACAUUCGUAAGGGGUUCAAUGACUACAUUUCCGUGGAUGGGAAGAAGAUUAUGAUAGAUGAAGGGUAUUGGACCUUUAAACAGCCUAAGAAAGAGUUGGAGGAAAACGGAUUAACACUCGAGGAAUAUCCCGAUGGGAGAAUAAGAAUUAACUUUGCUAAGGGAACAAAUUCCGCAGGACUCCGAAAUCUCACAAGUAUUUUGGGAUACCGGUCCUCCGAUGGUCCUACAUACACCCCACACAUCAGCGAUCGUCCAGUAGAUAUUCAUGAGGGCUUGCGAUACCUCACAGUCAGCUGUAACCUUGUGAAUCGUGAGCAUAACAUUGGACCGUACGGAAAUCGGAGUACUGUCAUGACUUCCCUUGCCAUCGAUGGGACCAGACCUCUCUCUGGGACUACAACGAAAUACAACAACAUUGAAAGCCAAGUACGAGUGGAUGCUGGUAAAUACAAUGAAAUUCGGUUUGAAAUUGGGUCUAAUACCGGAGCUGUUCCUCGAGAUGUCCUUCUAGAACUUUAUAUCAAAUAAAACGAUGAGUGAGGAAAUCUUUCGAAACUACUACGGAAAGAAUUACGAGAAGGUUAAGGCGGCAGCACCCGUCGAAAUCCGGAAAAUGAAAGCAAACUUCAUAAAGAAAUAUCCCAAUGCAACCCUAUCCAAAUUCGACUUUGAGGUCACCAUUGCCAAGGAUGGGACCGUAGAGUCCAGAGACAUCUUCUAUAAAGUGGAUGAUCUCACAAGCUAUGACAUCACAUCCGACACAUUCCGCACAAAUCCGGAGUGGACCAAGUACCUGUACUGGGUAGGGGGUGGCGAAGUGUUAAACAGGAUGCAAUCUUCCGUCCGAAUAAGGAUUUCAGGAUGGAUGUGCAUACUUUUAAGGUCUAUGUUACGAAGACUGAGAAUUUCCUGACAAAAUUGGAGCCUAUUAAACCAUCAUACGAUACAGUAACCUUUAUCAACACUAUACCUUUUGAUUACCAUUCGAACUCUUAUUUCUGCUCCCUAGCAGCAUGCUAUGUUGCUAUGUUUAAAUCCGGAAUUUCCGAGGAUCACCUUACAAACAAUUUUCCCAACUCACACUCUAACAUAGUAACCUCCAUUGUUCGCUUCCAUCUUCAUUUUCACCUAUCAAGAUUCAUGCGUAACCCCAAUCUAUUGGACCAGUACCUUACAAGUGAUGAUAAAUGGACUAUUCGAAAGUAUACACCUGUACGUGAAACAUGGGUUAGGAGGACCGCCUCUUCCCACGCAAACAUUGGAACAUGGUACUACGGUUUAACUGUGAGUGAACAGAAGAAAAUACGACGUCAGAAGUACCAUUUAACCAAAUAUGGAGGUUCAUUUAUCGAAUAUGAAUACCUGACUGGUAGAUCACCCUUCGACGUUGAAAAUGACUACAAAACCCUUAUUCCCAAAACAUCCCCGGACUUACCAAAGUUGGACAGAAAUUAUUCCAGGAAUCCAUCGAGGCGUUCGCGUGUUCUGUAUUAUGGGCACAAGCCAAAACCUGGUGGAGAAUCACAGGUCAGGGUGCAAAAAGUCUGCAGACACAGGAGGUUUUCCGUAAGGUGGUAAAAGAUACAAUUGUACAAGACGAUGUGACAGUUACCAUCUCCAACAUGAGGACGGCUAUUGCUAAUACCCACGUCGUCCUAAAUUUUGCAAUCAUGCCGGGUUUAAUCCUAAUUCCUUCAGACCUGAGGAUUUUAACAAAACCUAUUCCAGGAUUCAGCAAUGUUUUAACGGUAGCUAAAAACGGGAUGACGUUCGGAAAAAAUGAGAAGGUGAAUUAUACAAGUAAUCCUGUUCCCACCCCCACGAAUAAUGUAGAUGAAAGCCAUGAAAUUACACCGGUUCCUGCUGUGGAGAACAUUAACCCCCCGGAAUUAAGGCAGAAGUCUGAUACUCAGAAUAUUGCUCUUGGGACAGCGGCAGUAGCAUCCUUUGGACUUGCAUACCUUACAUUUCGACGUUAAAUAAAAUGAGCAUCUUAUUCGGAUACGAUUAUUUUGAUACAACAGCAGAAGACCUAAAUACCUUAAAACGGAAGUUGAUAACAGUUGAGAAGGCACAGCAAAGGAACACGGCAGAGGUUGCCAAACAUACGAACGAUAUCAUAAAGUUAAACAGUUUGGGAGAAAACACGGUUCAGUACGACUUUUCCCAAAUACCUGGGUAUCCGCCCGGAUUUCUACAAACACCCACCAUUACAGACACCGAUAAAAAGAAUACAAAAUUUAUGGUAUUUAGUGUUAGUGGUAAUCCCCUCUGUACGGAUUCUACAAAACGAAUAGGGGGACGAUUGUCAUAUUUACAGUUGACCAGAGGAGUAAAAUUAUCCGGACAUCCUAUUCAUUCAUAG